GAACAACAACAGCAACGGCAUCAUUAAAUUGCGAACAGCCACAGCAACAAAAGCCGCCAUGCCCCCCGCCACACCACCCACCGUGCCCCCACCCCCAGUGGCAGUGACUAGGCACCACCAAAUGCUGAUGCUGGAGGAGGGCCCCAUACAGUCGUCUCUGGUCCCCCAAAAACAGGAGGACGAGGACGAGGAGGAGGAGGCGGAGACCGAAACCGAAGAGCCCACAACCACGACUUCGGUUGAGCUGCGAUCUUCGGCCAGCUCCCACUAUCGGGCCUACACCACCAUUCGCAGCAAUUCAACAUCCGCGAUACUGGCCGGAGCGGGUCUGCCGCCUUUUGGGGGCCACUGCUCGCAGACGACACCCGGGAUGCUCUAUGCCCGCCCCCGCACCCUCAAUGUCCACAAUGUGUGCCAGACGCCCGCGCAGAUCACGCAAAUGUUUUUUGGAGAAGUCCUGAAUGCAUGGCGUGCCAAGGCCCGCUGCAAUGUGGUGCCCGACGAGCGUACCCAGGAGCUCUUCCACGAGCUAAGCUUCCAUCCCAGCCAAAAGCAGAUUAGCGAAAUGCUGCAAACGGCCAAGAAGGUGGCCCGCAAGGGGGGCAGUGGACAGCCAAAUGGCCUGACAUUUGGACAGUUUUGCGUACUGGCCGCAGAUUUGAAGCGUUUUCGGGCUUCAACGAUUUCGAAUCAGACAUCAAACUACUGCGAGUACCAGCAACUGUCCGCGGGCUCAGGCUCUCUGCUCCAGCAACAGCAGCAGCAGGAUGAUACCCCAUCGACUGCCGCCUCACCUGCCGCCUACAGCCAUAGCAAUGGCAAGAAGCUGGACAACCAUGGCACCGAACUGCGGAGCACCAAAUCCUUUAGCAGUGUCGAUGAUACCAAAAAGAAAAAGAACGCCAGCAAUGAGCCCGUGGAGGUGUUCCUUGGGGGCUCCUGCAAUCCCACAACCUGGCGAGCGGACGUUGCCAUACCAGCCCUGAAAGAGCUGGGCAUUUCAUUCUAUAAUCCUCAAGUAUCCGAUUGGACGCCCGAUCUCAUCGAGCUCGAGCAUCGAGCUAAGGAAAAGGCCCGUGUAUUAUUCUUUGUUAUGGAUUCGGAAACACGCGCAUCUGCUGGUGCCAUCGAGGCGGCACACAUAGCGGGUCAAAACUGCAAGCAGCUGGUGUUGGUUUUGCAUCCGUAUAAACCAAAUCAGAAGAUACUGAACGAGCCUAUUUCACAGCAAGAAUACCUCGAUCUGACUCGCAAUCAGAUGAUACUUAAGGAGCUGGUCUCCCGUCGCGGUCUCCCAGUCCUGGAGAACAUACCCUCCGGAUUGCAGCGCACCAAGGAAAUACUGUCGGGCAUCAGGGAUCCGCCGUCCAAGAUAUCUUCCAUUUUAGAUACCGUACGCGGGGCCUUCGAUCGGGUGAACCCGCAAAGCGACCUACUCACUGUGGAACAGUGCAAACGUGCUCUCUUAUUCUUAGGCUAUGCUCAGAGUUUAGUUAAUUUAGAUAAUCUAACCAAGAUCAUAAUUAAUCAGCGCGAAUCGCUAAAAUUCCUGCAAACGCACAGCUCAAAGAUCGAUCCAAAUGAAGAUUCAGAUCUGCCCAUCAUGGCCAACCAGGAGCUCAUCGACUUUGAUCUAUUCUGUGUGAUCUCGGCCUACCUGUCCGUCCUGCAGCAGGAGAUCCACGAGAGUGGCUGCAUCUCGCCCAUCAAGGGCACCAAUGUGCCACCACCACAGGUUUACUUUACCAACGCACCCGAUGUGGACAUCUAUUAUUCGGCCAGCAAGAACAUCUCGCGCACCUCGAGCAACGCCAGUGUACCGUCCAACAGCAGCAGCGGCAUUGGCCACGAUCUGGAACGCCAGAGCCUGUUCGAGCAGCUGAGUCGCAGCCGGGACAGUGGCACCUCCUCUCCGCAGCCAGCCGCAGCGAGCAGUCUAGAAACCAAGCCAGGCGGCACGCAUCCUGCGUCUGCGGCGGCCCCCACCGAGGAGGAGGAGAGCGACUCCAACGAUUCGGUCUUCUCGAGCAGCAGCUCCAUUGCUAGUGCCGGGGAUGCACUCUGUUGUGGCGGACUCGAUCUGCGCGAUGUCUAUCUGGGCGGCAGCUGUGUGAUGCGCACCAAGUGGCGUCAAGAGCUGGCCGUUCCCUACCUGCAGUCGAAGAACGUCAGCUUCCACAGCCCGGCCCUGCACGAGAGCAUACAGGUUCAAUCGCAGCAGCAACCGCAGCAGCAGCAACCGCAGCAACAGCAGCAGCCUGGACUGCAUGAGCAACAGCAGCAGCAGCGCUCGUUUGUCCGCACGCGUCGGAAGUGCCGCGGCAAUCAGCUGCAGCUGGAGGAGCAGGAAGAGCUGACGGUAGCCGAGGAGUCGCUCAGCUGGUCUCUGCCACCGGUGUCCGUGCGCCAUAACCUGUAUAAUCCCUCGCUGCUUGACUCCAGCAGAGUGCUGCUCUUUGUGAUCACCAAUGAGACGCGUUCCCUGGCCCCCAUGACACUGGCCGCCCACUGCAUUGGCCUCAUGUACAAUGUAGUGCUUGCGGUCCAAAUGCUGCCCGAGGAUUGUGUGCUCGGUGGCGAAAAGCUAACUGUGGCCGCCAUCAAGGACUACAAUCGCGGACGGUCGUACCUCAUCGAUUUGGCCAAGCGGCAGGGCGUGCCCGUGUUCAAUGACAUACGGGCGGCCCUUGACUGCACUGUGGCCAAGGUGCAGGCGUACAACAAUCGCGAUCGUUGCUAAUUCGUACCUGUAUUCAAGUUCCAGCACGUGACAAUUUUUAAGCUUAUUUCUAAACUAAAUCUAAAUCCUAGUGCAAUUUAUAUUGUUUUCUACGCCCGUGACCAUGCCCUAUGCCCCAUGCCCCAAUCCUCUUACUACCACUAAUCUGAAUGCUUUAUAAUCGUAUUCUGAAAUGGCCCCCCUUCUCUAUAGUUGAUUCUAUGCGUAAUACGUAAUAACUUAAUCUAUAAUUUAAGUGUAAAACCACUAAAAUGUCGUCGCCCAGACAGCGCAUUUCAUAACCCUAUGGAGGCGGCUCUUCGGUCUCUUUCGGCCUCCCCCUCCAUAUAUGAUAAUUUAUUAUAAUUUAUUUAACAUAUACGAGUAACGAGUAAUCCAUGUAGUACAUGUGCUAAGCUGUAACUGUAAAUAUCCACACAAACAUGUACAAUUCUAGUGCAUAAGCAAUGCAAAAACCCACUAAACUAUAUAUUUUAUAUAUUCUUAGCGAGCAUGCAAAUAUAAUUAAUGUAAUAAUUACCAUAUAAAACCCAACCCCCCUAUAUUAUACACGCAUACAGAUAUUGACCCCCACUGUACCAGUUGGCUGGACAAAAAAUAUCUCAAUAAACAAAUUUUUCUAACAUAUAA